UCCUGCAUCAGCCUCCAAAUCCUGGAAUUACAGGCAUGAACCAUUGCACCUGGAGAGACAGAGUCUUAUCUACAGUGACAAGAUAACUUUCCUUAGACCUACAGCUUAGUUUCUAGUGUGUACUAUAAGAAACUGAAAGAAUGUUACACCUCUUAUGAGAAAAAUGAAAAGACUCCUUAGUUUUCAAGAUUCAAAUCACUUUUUUCUGUAAAUAUUAAUGAACUUUAAGUUAGUAAACUAUGUUUUGGAGGUCAGUUUAGCAGUUUCUCCCUAUAACUUAGCAUUCUGCCCAUAUGACACUACUGGAAUCUUCUUCUCCCAAGGAUAUAGACUUUUUGACACUUGUGCCUCAACAACAGUGGAGAAAAGCCAUGUUGGGAUGGACAAACUAUACAAAGUAACAACUACAGAUGUCACCAUCAAGUGUACAAAGAAGAAUUGACCUUACUGAGGUUCUAAAUCAGACACUGGAAAUACCUGAUAUGUUAACAGAAUACAGCUGUGAAUCCAUCAGGACCUGGGUUUUCUUUGUUGGGACUUGUAACAUCUGAAUAUCCCAAAUACAGGCAAACUCUUCUACCAUUGCUACCACAACCUUUUACUACAGAGGAAUACCACUGCACCUAAAAUCUAAGCAGGGUAAAAAGAAGAAAAAGAGCUGAUUAGAACUGAGACUACCUACUGAACGAGAUGACGGCCACAGCUUCAGUGGAGACACCAAAAAUGGAGAAAAGUGCCUCCAAGGAAGAGAAGCAACAGCCAAAGCAGGACAGCAUAGAGCAGGGCAAUGCUGAUUCUGAAGAGUGGAUGAGCUCUGAGAGUGAUCCUGAACAGGUAAGCCUUAAGAACAGCAACUAUAGCUACCAACCUGGAGAUGGUCAGUUAAAGAAAAAGGAGAUGCCUUCCAAGACACACCGUCAGCUCUGCCGAUCACCCUGCCUGGAUCAUCCAAGUUUCUCACAGAGCAGUAUUUUACAGGAUAGUAAGCCUGACUUAGAGAAAGAAUACCAAGCCAAGAUGGAUUUUGCUUUAAAGCUGGGAUAUGCUGAGGAACAAAUUCAAUCAGUGCUGAAUAAGCUGGGCCCAGAAUCACUUAUUAAUGAUGUAUUGGCAGAGCUUGUCAGACUUGGGAACAAAGGUGACUCAGAAGGACAGGUCAACUUGAGUCUUUUAGUGCCCUGUGGGCCCAGCUCCAAAGAAAGUGCAAGCCCUGAAUUGUCUCUCGAAGAUGAAAUAGACAGCAGUGACAAUUUGAGGCCAGUUGUCAUUGAUGGAAGUAAUGUGGCAAUGAGCCAUGGAAAUAAGGAAGAAUUCUCCUGCAGAGGAAUACAACUUGCUGUGGAUUGGUUUCUAGAGAAAGGUCAUAAAGAUAUCACCGUAUUUGUACCUGCAUGGAGAAAGGAGCAAUCCCGGCCUGAUGCUCCAAUUACAGAUCAAGAUGUUCUUCGUAAACUGGAGAAGGAAAAGAUUCUUGUCUUCACACCAUCCCGAAGGGUCCAGGGCAGAAGGGUUGUUUGCUAUGACGAUCGUUUUAUAGUCAAAUUAGCUUUCGAUUCUGAUGGCAUCAUUGUGUCCAAUGACAACUACCGAGAUCUUCAAGUCGAAAAGCCAGAAUGGAAGAAGUUUAUUGAGGAGCGAUUGCUGAUGUAUUCUUUUGUGAAUGACAAAUUUAUGCCUCCAGAUGAUCCUUUAGGACGCCAUGGCCCAAGCCUUGAAAAUUUCUUAAGAAAAAGACCCAUUGUUCCUGAGCAUAAGAAGCAACCAUGUCCUUAUGGCAAAAAAUGCACCUACGGCCACAAGUGCAAAUACUACCAUCCGGAGCGGGCCAACCAACCCCAGCGUUCGGUGGCUGAUGAGCUCCGCAUCAGUGCCAAACUGUCCACAGUGAAAACCAUGAGCGAAGGCCCCCUGGCCAAGUGUGGGACAGGGAUGUCUAGUGUCAAAGGUGAGAUAACCUCAGAGGUAAAACGUGUGGCACCCAAGCGCCAGUCAGAUCCCAGCAUCCGGUCGGUGGCUGUGGAGCCUGAGGAAUGGCUGUCCAUUGCCCGUAAGCCUGAGGCCAGCUCUGUCCCAUCACUUGUGACUGCCCUAAGUGUCCCCACAAUCCCACCCCUCAAAAGCCAUGCAGUGGGUGCACUAAACACCCGUUCGGCCAGCAGCCCAGUGCCAGGAUCCUCCCAUUUCCCCCAUCAGAAGGCCUCAUUGGAGCACAUGGCCAGCAUGCAGUAUCCCCCUAUCCUGGUUACCAACAGCCAUGGGACCCCAGUUAACUAUACUGAGCAAUACCCAAAGUUUGAGUCAAUGGGGGACCAUAGCUACUAUUCGGUGUUAGGAGACUUCUCCAAACUGAACAUCAACAGCAUGCAUAAUAGAGAGUACUACAUGGCUGAAGCAGAUCGAGGCAUGUAUGGUCGGAAUCCCAACUUCUGUCCUGACAGUCUUAUGAGCCAUACCAGGAACGACAGCUAUUCCUCUUACAACAAUUUGUACUUGGCUGUAGCGGAUGCCCAUCCAGAAGGCAGUUUGAAGCUGCACCGCUCAGCAUCUCAGAACCGUCUUCAGCCUUUUACUCAUGGUUACCAUGAAGCCUUAACUAGAGUGCAGAGUUAUGGCCCAGAAGAUUCCAAGCAAGGCCACCACAAGCAGUCAGUUCCCCACUUAGCUUUGCAUGUCCAGCACUCAGCAACUGGAGCACGCUCCAGCUGUCCUGGAGACUACGCCAUGCCUCCUAAUAUUCAUCCUGGGGCAACCUCCCAGCCAGGCCGUGCCCUAGUAAUGACGCGGAUGGACAGCAUUUCUGAUUCCCGACUCUAUGAGAGCAACCCUUUGAGACAAAGACGACCUCCUCUAUGCCGAGAACAGCACGCCAGCUGGGACCCUCUGCCCAGUGCAACUGACUCCUAUGGCUAUCACUCCUGCCCCUUAAGUAACAGCCUCAUGCAGCCGUGUUAUGAGCCAGUCAUGGUACGGAGCAUGCCUGAAAAGAUGGAGCAGCUUUGGAGGAGUCCUUGGGUCGGAAUGUGUAAUGAUUCAAGGGAGAAUAUGAUUCCAGAGCACCAAUACCAGACCUACAAGAACCUUUGCAAUAUUUUCCCUUCUAACAUUGUUCUUGCAGUGAUGGAGAAGAAUCCUCACACAUCAGAUGCUCAGCAACUGGCAGCUCUGAUUGUUGCAAAGCUUAGAGCUGCCCGCUGACAUGACAUAGGACUUAGUCCUUUAUACACACAUAAAUACAAGUAAUACACUAGUACUAUGAUUAUAGUAACUAAUGAUUUACACUGCGCUUUAAAAGUUACUGAAUGUUUACAUCAUUUAAGCUCACAACAACCCCAUGAAAUAGGUCUUAACAUCCUAUUUCAUAGAGAAGGAAGCUGAAGCUCAGUAAGAUAUAAGUGACUUGCCAUGGUUAUGCUGUUAGCAAAUGACCAAGUCAAGACACAUACCCAAAUCCUCUGACUCCAAGUCUUUUGCCCUUUUGCACUGUACCAUUGCAGGUAAUGAAAGAUGAAACCCAGGGGAAGAAGCCUAAGUGCAAGAAAUCCCAAGACAUUCCAUUACCAGUGCUUUCUUAAUCACAUGUUCUAUGUUACAAAGUAUGGAUGAUAUAACCAAUUUAGAGAGCAAAAGCAUCAGGAUCAGACAAUGUGCUGAAUUUAACCUUUUAGGGUUUUAAUAAAAAUAUUUAAAACUAUUUCAAAGUAAAUACAUACUCUAUUGCAUGUGUAUCUGAUCAUUCAAUAUCUUUAUUAAUCAAGCCAUAGGGUCACAUUGAAGCUUCUAGAGCUGUAUUUAAACCCUAUUAUUAGCAAUUAUGUUGCAUGUAUGAGUGUAUAUAUUUGGUUUGAUAUGUGUAUAUCUGAUAUAACUUUUAUAUAGUAAUUUUAAGAAGGUCGGCUCUACAGUCCUAGUCUACAGUUGUAUAGGUCAUGAAUCUUAUUUUUGUCAUAUUUCAUAGUUUCAACUCAAUUUGAAUGUGAAAUUAUGUGCUAAUAUUUGAACAUUGCUUUUUUAGGCACCAGAGCAAACCAGCUUUAUUUCCUUUCCUUCUCUUCCUUUUUACUUGCCAGCAUUUAUUAACCGUUCUUAGCUUCUAAGUUUCUUCACCUCAGCAAAUUAGGGGUCAGGCUGAAGUCUUCUGCAGAGGAUCUGUUGACUAAGUUUAAAUUUCACACAUAGUAUAUGAUACAAAAGUGUAGAAGAGUCUGACCAGAACCAAAGGACUACCAAAGUCCACUUCCCUUAUCCCAGGAAAGAUGGCCAAGCCUACAUGAAAAUGUAUGAAAAUACAAAAGCUUCACACAAGGAGUGACUAAUGGAUGCUUUUUGGACUUCUGACCUAUGCAGUAUUAAGCAUCAUAGGAUAAAAUAUAAUGGAGGACAGUGUAUAGCCAUGUAAUCGGCUUUCUCCUGCUGUACACCCUUUGGGCAAUAAGGUCAAUCAUUGCUAAAGCAGAAUUUCUUUAGGAAAUAAAACCAGGGGAUUUUCUAGGUGGAAGAAAGGCAGAUUCCAAAAGGAAAUGUUGCAUCUUUGCUGGCUCAGUUACGCACUUCAAAUCUAUUCAGAGUGCACUUGCUAUUAGAUAAUUCUUAGAUACAUUACUCGAGAAGGCAUGACUUUUGGGUUGGGUGGCACUAUUUGCGCAAUUUGUAUCUUGCUCAGGGUGGGAACCUUUGUAGCUUUGUAGCUAAAUGUCUCUAGAAGUGGUGUUUAUUGAUGUGUUAAGUUGCACUGAAUGAACCCCUUUUUUGAAUCCAUUAUAUACUUAAAACAUUUUGGACCAUGCCCAGCUCACUAUGUAUUGAGUUGGCACUUGGUAACUUUAAUGGUUUUUUUCAUGAAAGUUGAGAGGGCCUGGCUUUGGCCUUUUGUUUCUUCAUGAGAAGGUGUGACACUGCCUAUAAAUGUUUCUUACUGUGAAACACUCUGAAUGUGAGGCUGUAGUCAAGGUUAUUUCUGGGGUUUGAUAAUGGCUUGCAUGCUGCUUUCUGGCUCUUAGUUGAUCAAUACUGCAUCUUAACUAGUGUUUCUCUUCAUUCAACUGUAGCUUCCCAUUCAUCUCCUAACCUCUAAUCAUCUCAUUCUCCAGCAUAUUGAUGGAGUGUAAAAAUAAUGUUUUUAUCAGGUUGAUCCACAGAGAGUGAUAACUGCCACUGCAGUUCUUACUUUUUCAUAAAACACUUCUUCAUACCUUCAAUGUCUUGGAGCUUUUAAAUUGUCUCAUGUCAAGAUCAUGGUUUUCGAAAACCUAAUCUUCCUACCAAAAUCAUCAAUGAGUGACGACACUGCAGUAUCCAUUCAUUGCACAAUUUAUAGGAAAGCACAAGAUUAAUACUGUCUGCAAUUCAUCUUGAAUAUAAUCAUACUUAGUACUCAAAAUAACUGUGAGCUUUCCCUUACAGGAAAUAUUAGUAGCACACUACAUGUAUCUUUUCUUUUCUAAAACAAAUUAUCAUUCUUUUCUCAUAAAAUGUGUACAAACCAAAGUAGCUAGGAGCAAUGCCUCAAAUAACCAGAAAUGACCUUUUGUUGAUACAAAUUGUAUCUUUUUUUCCUGAUUGUAUAGAAAUAAAUGUACAAAACUCACCUUAAACUAGGUUUGGUAUUGAAUUUUCUCCAUGAUGUUUGUGGCACUGUGUGUCACAAGGUCACAGAGAAGUAGCCCAGGGAUUAUGAGGGAGCUUUUAUUUCCAAAGGGCAGUGCUGGUUUAUAAUUAAAGAUAAUUUCUCAAGGCCUCUUUACUAUUAAGCAUACAGGUAUUGUGUGUACAAUUUCAAGUACUGCAUAUGUUUUUGUUAGCCUAUUAGAUUUAAUAUGUCCUUAUAAUAGAGGUUUUAGGUUUUUAAAAUGUGUUAAUGAAUCAUCUGCAAGAAUCUAUAAUACAGCUAUAUAACUAUGGAUACAUAAAUCCAGUUUGUUUCUUAGAUAUUAGAGAGACAUAUUCUUUAUAUUGAGAUCUGCAUUCUUCCUUUGCAUUUUGUCUACAAUUAUAAAACAGCAAAUAACAAAGAGCAUUGGGAUUUCCUUGGCUCCCUUAAUAAUAAAAUCAAGCUUCCUUCAUGAAGUUUAGCAUGUGUCCUUCAGGAUAUUUGCCUCUAAGCACUCAGCACAGUUACUGCACAGUAUUUUGUGUGGUUUCAAGAAACAGUACAUUUUGUAAGAGGUGCUUUGUAAUUUUAAUUCUUCCACUGAUUUUCUGACCUCAUAGUAAGUCCUUGCCUAUUAAGGCCUUAGAUUUUAUAGUUCUGUGGUUUUUUUGUGUGUGACUCUGUUUUCAUUUUGACAUAAAGGAAAAAUGGGACCCUCAUAUGGCACAGUCAAUCCAGGGAACCCUAUCUAUAAAGCAGCUCACAGAACAGGAAAGGCUUUUCAAAGGUAACAUCAAACCACUGCACUCUCUUACAGUGCCAGGUAUAGACCAGAGAAUGGCAAAUAUGACAGAUGCCUUACAGAAAUGAUCUAUGAAACUUUUCCUCUUCUAAACAAGAAAUACAUAGCAUGAUUUUCUCCUCUCUGUUUCCCCCUACCUGCCCCAUGCGAGUUUCUAGAAUAUUCCUCUUAAAUUCAUUUUUUCUAUUUUGGAGUAAAUGAUCUUUAUACAGUAAUUUAAUCUUGGUAUCCAUAAAUCUUUAUCACUGAGUUUUCUUCUACCAUGGAAGAAGAAAAUUCAUUUCUUUCAUUCAUUUUGAGAGGCAGCCAGGUAUUAUUCUAUUUAUGCUGUAACUAAGGGACUUCGUACAAAUGCCCUUAUGGUGGGCCUACAAUUUCAAUACAUACUGUUUUAUUCUGUGAACCAGGUCUGGAUUUGCACAGGGAAAAGUAAUGCUGAAAUGUCCAAAGAGCCCUGCUCAGGUCUCCUAACCUUUUUCUGCCUUCCCCUAGUUUGCUUCUCCUCAGGUCUCAUACUGGGGAGUAUAGUCUUCAAUUGAAAUAGCACUACAGUUAGUUUUCAUUGGAAACCAAACCAGUAUUUUUGGUAUCUGCUUGUCUAAAGUAGUCAAUGCCUUUGCAAAGACUCGGCAUAUUCAAUAUCUACUGUAUUAUAGCUAGCUAUAUACAUAGGCAUAUUGACUAUUUUUAGUCCUGGUUUGUGUAUCAUUGAGCUAUAGUAGUUUGCUUUAUCCAUUUGUGGGAUUAAACAAUACCGUUUAAUGGUUGUAAACUUUUACAAAACCUCUUUGGGUUUCUUGUUUGACCCAAACAUAAUGUAAGUCUCAAUGACAAAAUACACAAAGCCAACCAGAGGUGAGUGAAAAAUGUAUCUUUUCCCUAGCUUCAUCUGCCCCCAAAAUGCAUGUGCAAUGCUUUGUAAUAUGUUCUCUAGUAUGAAUGUGCUAUGACUAUUUAAUAAGGUUUUGUUUCACCUAUAAUCAUAAUGGAAAUGCUGUAUUGUUGAC